UGCUUUAGUCUUUGUUGCACUUUUGUGUUGCACACAUGUUUUGUUUAUAAUUGUUAAUUAAUUUGUUCUAUUCUGUUCAAUGGCAAAUUUUAAUAUCGUGAUAACAAAAUUGAAAUAAUAGAAUGUUGAAUUUAUCCAUCAGGUUUGCUGGAAAAUGGAAGAAUAAUUCAUUAAAUUAAACAUUCGACAGUAUUUUAACCACUGGACUGAAAAUUAAAAAAAAUGAAUCAAGUAAUAAAAGAUGAGAGCUGCGUGCCAGAAGACGCGAUAUCAGUAAAAGUGACAAGUAUUAUAAAUCCAUUUCUUAUGCGAAUAUACGAAACAGAUAAUCAUGCAUUCAGAGCGAAUGCAAUCCGGAAGAAAUUGGAAAUCUACGCUAAGAAUAAUCUUAAUUUUGAGGAAAAUGCCAAAGAAAUGCUUAACUUAAAUGAUUCUUUGAUUGUAAUUAACAGUCAUGACAGUGAAAUUCCCGCAUGGUUUUGUCGAGGAAUUUUAGGUCAUAUGAAUGAAGAUCAAAGUAAAUAUAACGUUUUUCUACCUGACUAUGGCACCGCUUUUGAUUUAUCUCCUAAAAAUUUUCGUAAAGUACCGAAAGACGCUAUUCCCGACGAUUAUUUAACAGAAUCAAUUGCUCUAAAUGGAAUUAUUCCAGCUUCUGUCAACAGGAAUAGUAAACUGAAGGGAAAACCUAUUGUGACUAUUGUUGAGAAAUGGACGGAACCGGCUAUUUGCUUCACUAGAGAAUUAGUUGGUGCUGCAAAAAGAAUGUACUUUCAUCCUACAGCUAAAGAUGAGACUGAAAAAUUGUUUGGCGAAUUGUAUUUAGAAAUUGAAGAAGAAAUAGUCCUUCUUAGUAGAGCUUUGGUUUUUAGUUUCUUCGCUGUUAAAUUAAAUAAGGCUCUUCUGAAAAUUAUCUACGAUCCAGAUUCUGCGGAAAAGGGAAUUGUGAAUAAAAUUAAUGACAAUUUAUUAAUUGAUCUUCCUAAUUUUCAUGUCUCUAGCGAUGAGAAACCCGAAAAAAUUAAGGAAAAAGAUUUUUAUGAUUCUAGCAACAGCAACGAAACGGGGACCGACGAGGAAAAAAAUAAUCAAGAUUCUAUGGCAGUGAAAACAAAGCAAAAGAAUUUAUGUAGAAAUAAUGACCAGGAAAUAUUAAUUCGAAGUGAAUAUAAGUGUAAAAUUUUGGAGAAUCUCGCAGAUGCUCGAUAUCCGGCGAAUAUUCAUAAGGUGCUUAAGAAUUGUGAUAUACAUAAACCGAUGAAAAUUCAGAGAUAUAUAUUGCCAGCCAUUGCAAAAGGUCUCGAUGUCAUUGCAAUCAGUCCAGCCUCCGCUGGAAAAACUUUUGGCUAUUUACUACCAAUUUGCAGUUAUUUAGCUACUAAUAAGCUUGCUACGGGAAAAACACCAACGACAUUAGUACUGUGUUCAUCGUCAUUAAAUGUUGAUACGGUUGCAUCACUUUUUCAGGAAUAUUUACAAGAUUAUCCGCAUAUUAAUGUUGUAGCUGCAGUUAAUGGAAAGCCAGAAAAAACCCUACUAGCACAUAUUCUAAAUGGUUGCCAAGUUCUUGUAUCGACAGCACCAUUUUUAGUCAGAUUUCUCAGGAAAUAUAAAAGAAAUGAUGUUCUCAGUUUGGAUUUUAGCCGACUUCGUCAUAUAAUUUUGGACGGAGGUGACACCAUAUUGGACAAAUACAUCGAAUCGGUCAUGGAAAUUUUUAUAAAACAUAAAGUAAUGCGUGAGAAACAUGAUUUACGGGACAAUGAUUUGUCACUGCAAAUGAUAGCAGUUGCACGUGAAUGGACAAAAGGCUUAAGUUCAUUUAUGGAGAAAUUUACUGUUUUUCCCUAUGUGUGCAUUGGAUCUUACUUGGAAGCUGCGGCAUUUUCUCGAAUAACAGCAAAAGUCUCUUUGCUUCGUAUGGAGGAGAAAAAUGAAAAAGUUUUAGAAACAGUGAACAAUUCAUUGAAUUCAAGUAUUGAGAAGACAUUAAUAAUUUGCACUAGUUCAGCGGAGGUGAUUGAAUUAAAGAAACUAUUGGAAGCAAAUGGAAAAACAACACUCGUAGCUCAUAAUGAAUUGCUUACUUACGUUAUUCAUGAUAUCAAACGUCAAUGGAGUCAGAGUGUUUCCGGAAUGUAUCCAAUUCUAAUUUGCACGGAUGAUGUUCUUUCGGAUUUGAAUAUAAAAGACGCAAAAUGUUUGAUACAUCAGUCCAUCAAUGCAUCUACAAAAUCGAGAUUUUACUACAGAUUUUCAACAAUGAGUGACAAUUGGCAGACGAGCGCAGAAAAAUGUAAAGUUUUUAUAAUGAUGGAUAGCAGUAAUAAUAAGCAAUUCAAUGGCCUAAUGGAAGUUAUGAAAAGACUUCACGCUCCGUUACCAAAAGAUUGGAUCCAUGCCGCUAAAAAAAUUGCACUGAGCUUGGAUAAAGAAAAGAGGGCCUAUCCUAUUUGUGAUAACGUAAAGGCAAUGGGUUUUUGUCAAAAGAAUUCAAACUGUUCGUACAGACAUUGUAUCCUCAGCCCUGAAGAUGAUCCAAAUAAUGAUGUAGAAAUUGGUGACAAGGUGGAAUUAAUGGUAACAUUUAUUCACAAUGCAUCGCAUUUCUCUGCCAGAUUGGUGAAAUGCUACAAACCAGAUCAAAAAGAUCCGAUCGAAUAUCCUUCUGACGUGAAACUUUCCAUUGAAAUGCAUAAAUUCUUCUCAAGUGUUGAAAACAGAAAGGGUCUCAAGGAUAUAAAUGUUGGCGAUAUUUGCGCUAUGGAAGAUAAUGUCGAUAAUUAUUUGAGAGUAAAAGUUUUAAAAAUUGUGUCAAGAAAUGAUUACGAUGAACCAUAUGUGGUCACUGUGAAAUUUAUCGACUAUCAAUCGGAUUUGAUAAAUGUUAAGGCAAGCAAAUUAUUGGAAAUUCCAAAGAAUCUCGGACAGUGGGAGACAAACAAUUUUGAUGUUUUCUUGAAUAAUUUAGAAGCAUUUGAUAAAGAAUACGAAUGGGAUAAAUGUGCAGAUAAAGCUGCGGCUGAUUGGUUUGAAACUUUUUUCACUUCAAAAUGUACUGUGAUUGCCAAGGUAAAUCUACAUCUGAAAAAUACAUUUUGGGUAAAUACAUUGGAAAUUCGAACGAAAAUGGCUGGAUAUCCCGAAUUUUUGGUGUCAUCAUUGCGCAGUUAUUUAUUAGAAAACAAUCAUGCCAUAGAAAACAAUAAACAUUUACCAGAAUUAUAUCAACUCUGUAAAAAUGGUAAACUUAAAUUCAAAGAAGUGGAAGAAGAUUUUAACAGUCAUGAACAAGUGGCUUGAAUUUUUAACAUAAAGAAACGAAAUUUAUGAAUUUUAUGUUAUUUUAAGUGAAGUUUUCAUUUUAUAGUCUACAGAUAUUUUUUAUUUUCUUACUUCUAUAUACUUUUUAUAUUCAUAACGAUACAAAUGUUAUUUUACUACAUAAAGAAAUUAUUGAAUAAUAAUUGACAAAGUAUUACAUUAUAA